AUGCUUGCCUCACACGGACGCGGCGGUGCCGGCAACAUGGCGGACACCUCCAAGUCGCCCAAGAUCACCCCCAAGGACCUCGAGACCCCGACCCUCAAGACAUCCGUCGUCACCACGGGCCGCGGUGGAAGCGGAAACAUGGCCAAGAACGCCGAUCCCUACGAAACUCGUUUGCGCCAGGAUGUCGAGGCUGUUCCACGAAGAGAGAGCGCCGGCGCAACCCACUUUGGACGCGGCGGUUCCGCCAACGUCUUCAAGGGUUCCCCCGAGGAGGAGGCCGCGGCCAAGAAGGCAAAGGCGGAGGGCGCGAGCGCCGUCGACGACGACGAUGCUACUACGCUCCGCAAGAGCCCCUCGCCCCCGGCGCGCCGCAGCUCCGAGGAGAAUGCCAACGGCCUCGCCGCCAAGGGCAAGCAGUGGCUCAAUAGCCUGACCAAGAAGGCAUAA